AUGGCAGUGACCAGACAACCGGGGCAGUUCAGCCCAUCUGAGUUCCAGACGGGACUGUGCGACAUCUGCGACGACUGCAAAGUUUGUUUGUGCGGAGCGUUCUGCCACCUCUGCUUGACCAUCACCAUCGCCAAUGACAUGGGCGAGUGCUGCCUCUGUGGGAUUGGAAUGCCGAUCCGCUCCGUCUACAGGACCAAAUACAACAUCAACGGCUCCAUGUGCAAUGACUACUUGACCUCGUGCUUCUGUAUGAGCUGCGCCAGCUGCCAGCUGAAACGGGACAUCAAGCGCAGGCAGGAGCAGGGCAUCUUCUGA